CUGAUUUGUCAGGCCCAACUCGGAAGUGAUGGUUGUUGAAGUAAGAUGGUGAACUGCUGAUAGCCCAUUGAAUAAGUCUACCACUCUGUUACGAUCUCACUUCGUGUUGCCCAUUGUAACAUAGCGGGUGGAGAAAGAUAACUUGAGAUGGACGGUGCAGAAGAGGUGCGAGUGAAUACUACCCCUUACUGCUGGUCUGCCCGCGAUGGAGGGAACAUUGCUGGCACCCGCUUGGCUCGACGCAACAGGAAGGUCCGCAGCCUGAGCACUUCCUCGGCCAGCACCUCGUCUGAAUACAGGAGGACCCAGUCAUUACAUGGACCAAGCCCUGUGACUACAUUUGGCCCAAAGGCAUGCAUGCUACAGAAUCCACACGCUGUAAUGCACAUUCAGGACCCUGCCACCCAGAGACUGACAUGGAACACACCCCCCAAGAGUGUCCUCGUCAUCAAGAAGAUCCGAGAUGCCAGCCUGCUUCAGCCUUUCAAGGAGCUCUGUAUAUUCCUCACGGAGGUCAAAAAGAUGAUUGUUUAUGUGGAAAAGAAAGUUCUGGAGGACACAACUAUUUCUGGUGAUGAAAACUUUGGGACCAUUACGAAGAAAUUCUGCACUUUCAGAGAAGAUCUGGAUGACAUCUCCAAUCGUGUGGACUUCAUCAUCUGUCUUGGUGGAGAUGGAACUUUGCUGUACGCUUCCUCACUCUUCCAGGAGAGCGUUCCCCCAGUGAUGGCCUUCCAUUUGGGCUCGCUGGGCUUCCUGACACCAUUUAAAUUUGACACCUAUCAGUCUCAGGUCACCCAAAUAAUUGAAGGUAAUGCUGCCAUAGUGCUGCGCAGUCGCUUGAAAGUACGAGUGCACCGAGAGCGGGAGAAGGGUGUCUUUCUGAACAACGGGGACGUGGACAGUAGCCACAAAGCUGCAUACUAUCAGGUGCUGAACGAAGUGGUGGUGGACAGAGGGCCGUCCUCUUACCUGUCCAAUGUCGACCUCUUCCUCGACGGACACCUCAUCACCACAGUGCAGGGAGACGGGGUGAUAGUGUCCACACCUACAGGCAGCACAGCAUAUGCAGUGGCUGCAGGAGCCUCCAUGAUACAUCCGAACGUACCAGCUAUCAUGAUCACCCCCAUCUGCCCACACUCACUCUCCUUCAGACCCAUCGUGGUGCCUGCUGGAGUGGAGCUGAAGAUCAUGCUGUCACGCGAUGCCAGAAACACAGCCUGGGUGUCGUUCGAUGGGAGACGCCGCCAGGAGGUCUUUCAUGGAGACAGUAUUACCAUCACCACUUCCUGCUUCCCCGUUCCUUGCAUCUGCUUCCGCAACCCGGUUAACGACUGGUUCGAGAGCCUGGCUCAGUGUUUGCACUGGAACGUCAGAAAGAAGCAGAACAUCUUCAACUCCGAGGACGACGACUUCUGAGUCCGAGUCUUGUUUAUUUUUUGGGCGGGGGGGGAGGGUUGGACACUUUCACUUUGCGAUGUGCUGUUCUGUUUGUUAGCUCUCAAAAUGCAUUGAAGACAGUUCUUAGUCAUUUCCUACAAUGAAACCAGCACCUUUUUUACGCUCACAUCCUGAAGUGACUAAAAACAGCAGAUUUUUUAAAAUGGAGUUUGGCACCCUUUGGUUGCAGGCUCGACGCUUAUGUGCAGAGUCAACUUGGCACAGUUUUUUAGGAUAUUCUUUUGCUCACACAUAAUACACAUACAUAAUAUCAUAACACUACUUUGAAUGAGUGUUGUAGCACUUUUUACCAUCAGAGUACAAACUACCUGGUCAACUUUAUAUUCAUGUCAUAAAAUCUUGCUACAUUCUGUGUUUUGUUUGGAAAAAGUGAACCAACUUUGCAAAUUGUGCCUUAAAUUAUUUUAACACUGGUAUCAUGAAUGUAUGGAAAUAACAUGUCAACAUUUACAUCAUGCUUAUUUUUGUACUUUCACUGUAAUCAUUCACAUACAAAGAUUGUCACUCAGCUGUAUUUUUAUGAUGAAUACAAUCUGUUUUUGUUUUUUUUUAUUAUAGACAAUUCCUCUCAAGCCAUAGCAAUAGACGUGUGUGCACGUGUGUGGCCUAACGUGACAUAUCUUGUCGCCCUGGCAACAUUCCGAUGCAUUUUGAAAUGAAAGAGAAACAAAAUAAGAGGACCAACCAAGCUCUUAAAAGUCCUAGUAUGUACUGUAUAUAUGUGACACUUUAAUAAGAUGGAUUUUGUAAAGAGCUCUUUUAAUAUUAACCUGUUUACACUGCUUCAUUGGGGAAAAUAAAUCGUUUGGUACUUUAACCA